ACAGUUUCCCUCCCGCCGCGGUCGCUUUCCGAGACAGGUGUUGGCAGCAGAGUCAGGGGCGGGUGAGGGGGCUGGAGCAAAACUGAGACCCAGUCUGCCCCAGCAUGCUGACUCUCAGUAGACUCUCAGGACGCCUUGACAGGUGUGAAAAUCACAAAUGUCGUCAAAUGACGGAAGAUCCAGGAAUUGGGACAGGCAUUAUGACGAGGUCCCACAGGACUUGCCCUAUCAAGAUGGCACCAUAAGAACCCUCCAGACUCUUCAUGACAGUGAGCUGGCUGUGAGCGCUGAUCCGUUGCCACCGCCCCCUCUCCCAUUACAGCCACCAUUUGGCCCAGUCUUCUACUCAAGUGACACAGAGGAGCCAGCCAUAGCACCAGAUCUCAAACCUGUAAGGCGCUUUGUCCCUGAAUCCUGGAAGAACUUCUUUAGAGGGAAAAAAAAGGACCCAAAAUGGGAUAAGUCAGUGUCUGACAUCAGAUACAUCUCCGAUGGAGUGAAAUGUUCGCCUCCUGCCUCUCCAGCAAGAACAAACCACCGUUCUCCCAACUCUUGCAAAGAUCCUUAUGGAGAAUCAGAAGGAGCCUUUACUUCCAGGAAAGAGACUGAUGCCAUGUUUCCCCAGGAUGCCUAUGGAUCUCUAGACCGACACACACAAACGGCCCGAACAUACAGUGAGAAGGUGGAGGAGUAUAACCUGAAGUAUUCCUACAUGAAGUCGUGGGCAGGACUGCUGAGAAUUCUGGGUGUGGUGGAGCUGCUUUUGGGGGCUGGUGUCUUUGCUUGUGUCACCGCUUACAUUCACAAAGACAGCGAGUGGUAUAACUUGUUUGGAUAUUCACCGUCCUAUGGCAUGGGAGGCAAUGGUAUGGGCAGUAUGUAUGGUGGCUAUUACUACAGUGGCCCCAAAACCCCUUUUGUACUUGUGGUUGCAGGAUUAGCUUGGAUCACCACCAUUAUUCUUCUAGUUCUUGGCAUGUCCAUGUAUUAUCGGACGAUUCUUCUGGACUCUAAUUGGUGGCCCCUCACCGAAUUUGGAAUUAACAUUGCCUUGUUUAUUUUGUAUAUGGCUGCAGCCAUAGUCUAUGUGAAUGACACCAACCGGGGUGGACUCUGCUACUAUCCAUUAUUUAAUACCCCAGUGAAUGCAUUGUUCUGCCGGGUGGAAGGAGGACAGAUAGCGGCGAUGAUCUUUCUAUUUGUCACCAUGAUUGUCUAUCUCAUCAGCGCUUUGGUUUGCCUGAAGUUGUGGAGGCAUGAGGCAGCCCGAAGACACAGGGAGUACAUGGAACAACAGGAGAUAAGUGAGACAUCAUUGUCAUCCAAAAGAAAAAUGUGUGAAAUUGCCACCAAUGGUGACAGGCAGAGAGAUCAAGAAGUUCAUUUCAAAGACUUGAGACCAAAAAUGAAACCUGAACUACUGAGUGGACCCAUCCCUCCAGGCCACAUUCCUAAACCCAUUGUAAUGCCUGACUAUGUGGCAAAAUAUCCUGUAAUACAGACAAGUGAUGAACGAGAACGCUAUAAAGCUGUGUUCCAAGACCAGUUUUCAGAGUACAAAGAGCUCUCUGCUGAAGUUCAAGCCGUCUUGAAGAAGUUUGAUGAGCUGGACGCCGUGAUGAGCAGAUUGCCGCAUCGUGCAGAAAACCAACAGGAACAUGAGAGAAUUUCAAGAAUCCAUGAAGAGUUUAAGAAAAAGAAGCAUGACCCCACAUUUCUGGAAAAAAAAGAACGCUGUGAUUAUCUCAAGAAUAAACUUUCUCACAUAAAACAAAGAAUUCAAGAAUAUGACAAAGUGAUGAAUUGGGAUAUACAAGGUUAUUCUUAAACCUUACUUGAAACCACUUUUUUAUAUCAAACUUAAUAUUUAUUUACUGACUUUUUUAUUUUAGUCUCUAUGAUAGAGAAGCAAUUGCUUCCUGAAUCAGCUUCUAGUUGGUUUAACCAGUGUGUGAGGUUAAAACAGUAUGAUUUUACUCAAACAUUAUAGAAGAAAAAUUCAGAUUUAUAAGGCACCUUUACUAAGAAUGGAAAGAAUCCUGCAUUCAUCUGUGUGCAAUUUCAUGCUUAUCUAUCUUAUUAAAAUUAAAGUGAUUUAGGAUCAUACCCUCGCAGUGUGGUAAACAAGUGCACUGUCAGUUCUGGUGCUGCUUUUUCCUUUUUCACUCAGGCCAGUUCCUAGGAUUUUUUUUUUUUUUAGGACAAAUUUCUCUUCCUAGCCAAAGGUGUCAUUUCUUUGAAUCCCAAAUCAACAUCUGUAAACCUUGACAUCUUAGACAAGUUGCAUUAAUUUCUCUGUGCCUGUUUCUUCAUCUGUAAAAUGGGGCUAAUUAUAGUUCUAAAGAUUAAAUGAAGUAUAUUUGUAGCUCUUAGAGCAGAGCCUGGCACAUUGAAGCACUACAUUAGUGUUUGUGAAAUCUGUGAAAGUGUUUGUGAAAUGAAUAAACUGCCCAGAACAAGCCUCAAGAAAAGGUCUUUGAAGACCAACCAGCUCACCAAAAGGCCGUGCAUCCCGUGACUUUGUUGCACUGUUAAUAACUCACCACACAUACCCUUAAUCAGAUGCUUCCCCAUGGUUCUGGCCCCAUCGGCCCACCACAACCUCCCUGUUGUUAAUCAGUAUCGCUGUGCAGGCAUCUCCAUAUCCCCACAGACCAGCCAUUCCUGUACACAUCGAAUAAAGGAUUGUGUGAAUAAUUGCCUUUUCUGUCCCAUUUGGGAGUCCAUUCUAAGGCCCCAAAAUGUUACAAUUACUUGGAAUCUCCCUUUGAUAUAUUGGGAUGUUUCAUCUUCUCAAGAAUUAUUUACACUUUGGGCUUUAUUUAUGAGAAUGUUUUCUUUUUAUUGGUAGUAACAAUGAACUGCCUUAAAAAAUGCCUUUGAAGGGCCUCCCCGGUGGCGCAGCGGUUGAGCACUGGGUUGCGAAGCUGCCCGCAGCCUCUGCGGCGCCGGUUCGAUCCCCGGCUGCUCCCCGGCCACUGGAGGAGGGUCCCACAUGGCGCGCAG